UACAAUUGAAAAGAAAGAAUAAAAAAAACAAUACCAAAGUACAGCAUAGAGUUAACUUUAUAUAAAUGUGAACCUGAGUUCAGAUAUACAAACAACAUACAAAGAAACUGAAAAUGGAAGCAGCAGCUAGGAGUUGGAGAAGAAGCUCUUCGUCACAUUCUUUGUUUCAAUUCUUCAUAUUUUCACUUGCCAUUCUUCUCCUCAUGUUAAACGUUCCAACUGUCUCUGCAAGCGAAACUACCAACAAAGCUUCUCGUAAGACCUACAAAAGCUUCAUAAAGAAAGCCUGCAAUUCAGCCACAUAUCCCAGCGACUGCUACAAAUCUCUUUCCAAAUACGCCUCCGCCAUUAAAACAGAUCCAGAGAAGCUCUACAGGGUUUCCUUAUUCGUCACUAUAAAAGCUGCUCGUAAAACAUCCUUCUCCAUAUCCACUCUUUGGAGACUAAAGGGUUUGAGUCGUACUGAGCGAGCCAUCGUCCGUGAUUGUGCUACAACAAUAAGUUAUGCCAUUGACGAGAUGAAGCAAUCCUUGACGGUAAUGGCCAAUAUACAAGGCGCAGAUCAUAAGUCUGAAUUAAUAGAAAAUAUAAGGACAUGGGUUGCUGCUGCAUUGACAGAUGAAGGCACAUGCACGGAUGAAUUUGAUGGCCAGAAAGUGAGCUACGAAGUGAAUAAGAACAUCAAGAAGACUGUGUUGAAUCUCUCCAAGUUGACCAGCAAUUGUUUGGCUCUUCUCAAUACUCUCUCUAAUCGUAGCUAAUUAGAGCACUACUAGUGCUCACUGUUUACCUUUGUACCUUUCACUUAAUACACUUUUUUUCUCCGUAUACCUUGGGUAAUUUAAAUGAAAAUUUCUAAUCUUUUUGUCUCAA